UCUCUCUCUCUCUCUCCGGAAAUGGAUUCUGUAAAAGGGAACUGCCUUGGAUACGCGGCAAGAGAUUCAUCUGGGGUUUUAUCACCUUUCCAUUUUAGUCGCAGGGCCAUUGGAGUUGAUGACAUUUCAAUUAGUAUUACUCACUGCGGAGUUUGUUACGCCGAAGUCGUAUGGACUAGGAACAAAUUUGGAGAUGCAAACUAUCCUGUUGUGCCUGGGCAUGAGAUUGUUGGAUUAGUGAAAGAGGUGGGGUCAAAUGUGAAGGGCUUUAAAGUUGGGGACCAUGUUGGAGUGGGAACUUACGUGAAUUCGUGCAGAGAUUGUGAAUACUGUAACGAUGGAUUUGAAGUUUAUUGCUCAAAGGGUGCUGUCUUCACUUACAACCAUGUUGAUGUGGAUGGUACCAUCACUAGAGGAGGAUUUUCCACUUACGUUGUUGUUCAUCAGAGGUACUGCUUCAAAAUACCAAAAGAUUACCCAUUAGCAUCGGCGGCGCCAUUGUUGUGUGCUGGGAUUACUGUUUACUCCCCAAUGAUUCGCCACAAGAUGAACCAACCUGGAAAAUCACUUGGUGUGAUCGGGCUCGGAGGUCUGGGCCACAUGGCCGUGAAAUUUGGGAAGGCUUUCGGGCUGAACGUGACUGUAUUCAGCACCAGCAUAUCCAAGAAAGAGGAGGCCCUGAAUCUGCUUGGAGCUGACAAAUUUGUGAUCUCAACUAAUCAACAAGAGAUGCUGGAAGUAUCAAAGUCAUUGGACUUCAUAAUUGACACUGCAUCCGGGGCUCACCCAUUUGAUCCAUACAUGUCUCUGUUGAAGACUGGAGGUGUCCUAGUCUUGGUGGGUGCCCCAGGCGAAGUGAAGCUCAGUCCCAUAAGCCUUAUUCUCGGUAUGAAAUCAAUUUCGGGGAGCGGGUCAGGUGGUACAAAGGAUACAAAAGAAAUGCUAGAGUUCUGUGCUGCCAACAAGAUUUACCCAGAGAUUGAAAUCAUCCCAAUUCAGUACGUGAAUGAAGCUAUCGAGAGGUUGAUAAAAAGCGAUAUCAAGUACCGCUUCGUGAUCGACAUCGAGAACUCCCUAAAGUGAAAGAAAAUCCUCAAGAAACUUUCCAACUUCGCUGUGUCCACAAGAUCCCAUCUUAUCAUGCCGUAAUAGUAGCUAUUUUAGGCUCAAGUAAACUGAAUAAUUCAUCCCGUUGACACGAAUUAGAGGUUCAUUGAGUCCCGAUACGGUUUUUUCUUUUGACUUCCCAUGUUUCGCGUUUUUCAGUUUUCCCACUUGUUUCCUCUCUAUUUUCAUGCAUAUCUUUUUGUCUGGGUGAAACAAUUGCUUUGUGUUGCUUCAAAAUGUGUGUGGAUAAGGAGGUUUUUACAAGUAAAGUUACAUCAGAUUGAAUGGGUGAGACCUUCACUUCUAAAAGGCUGCUAUUGCUAUAUCUUACUAUGAAGCUCACAAUUCAGCACUCUAAUAAUGUAGCAGUAAGCAAGCUUCAUCUCUUGAGUACUUCAAAAAGGCUGCCAUUGAGUAGGGUAGCUUCACGAUGGAGCCCACGAGAAACCAUGACGAAUGAAAUAGGUAGGGCGGCAACAAUCCCCUAGCCGUAAUCCCCCGGAGGAAGAAAACUAACCAAUACGGAACCAAAUUCAUCAUCUCCGAGUAUGUAACUGAAGACACAAAAGGCAGGGCAUUAUGGACUCAAUCCACAAGCUUUACUCGGGUCCAGGAGGUUUCCAGGGCUUCCCUUGGUAAGAAGCUAUAAGCUACAAUACACAUUUGGUACAAGCUCCUCCUUAAGCUCUCUAAUGCUUCUUCCAGAAUUCAAACUAACAUCCUACCUCCAAUGGAAAAGUUCCUUCCUGCGCUUAGAUUUCCUUGCGCACACGCGGCAUUCAGCGCCAGGAAAGUACCACGCCUACCUAUAUUGUUUACCAGUUCAGGAACUGUGUUUCUGUUUAAUUCAGACACAUAGGAUGUGUCACUUAAAGGAUUGGGAUACGACUCACCAAUGCUGUAAGAAUAAGAUGCGACAAGAACAAUGUUCUCAGUUUUCUAAUGUCAAAUUGUUCAUUUUUUCAGCAAAACAAGUCAAGCUCCCAAAUCCAAGUCACAACUACACUGGUGUUGAGCAAAAAGCAUUUAGAAAAUGAAAACCCAACACGACAUUUAUCCACACUCGAUUAUCCAAACCAAGUUCUUUGUUAUCAAGUUCCACGAAUCACUCGAGAUUCCUUAUCGCACUUCAAGGCUCCUCGAUACAAUACUCGCUAGUCGCGUGAAUUUUACUUUCCUUUGCAUUCUCAAAACUGCCAAAGUCCGAGUUGC